AGUGUUCUUGGCUGUUGUGUGCGGGUGUGGAUGGUGAUCGUGAGUUAAACUUGCGUUGACUGUUAUUUAUCGCAAAGUGGACUGGACAAGAAAAUAUAUUUAAUUAUUUGUAACAAAUAUCAGCCGCAAAAAUGGCUGCGGGAUCGACAGAAACUUUUGCUUCGACAUCGCAAGGUUUGGGUUGUUUUAAUUCGAACUUGUUGAAAACAGCCCAGGACAAAUUUUGGACAGCCGAAGUCAUGGCAACAGCAUCCACUGGAGGUUUUUGGGAAGAUGAUCCUGAAAUGGAAAUUAAGAAGAAGAUAAAUGAAUUGAAACACAAAUUUCAUGUUGGCCGGCAACUGCAAAUAAAGCACUUACCACGUGAUGUCACCGAAGAGUUUAGCACGGUGUUGAAUACGAAACAUGGUAAAUGCGUGCCAGAACAACUCCUUUUUGAAAUGAAAACUGCUAGUUUGAGCCCAGCCCAGCCCAGCCCAGCCCAGCCCGAGCCCAGCCCAGCCAGCCCAGAUAGCUCGCAUUGCUCGAGUGGAUUGAUCAGCAAUGAAGUCGAGCCUGGUCGCACAAAGCGUCGUCGCUGCCGCCUGCAGGGAGCGUCUUGA